ACAUCACUGUUUACUCUUACUGGACUGUACCUCUCAGUUGACUAAUGAAGCUCUGGAGGAGCUUCAGGUUUUAACAGGUGGUGGGUUCAGGGUUCGAGUCGUGGGCAGCAUGAGCGCGGAUUGCGAGGAGUAUUACAACACGGAGAACGUGUUUGUCAGCGCCUUCACGUGCCCAAAGAGCGACAGCGACGCGCGCGCGGUCUUCUGCUGCGGGUUCAGUGACGUCAAAUACUGCUGCGACGAUCCCAACAGCUUUUUCCCUUAUGAAUAUGGAUAUAUGUGGUGGCUCAGUUUGGGAGCCCUAGUUGGUUUGUCUAUAGCUGCUGUGGUGCUGUUAGCCUUCCUCAUCACUGUUUGUGUGCUUUGCUACCUGUUCAUCGCCACUAAACCUCGAGGACUGGACAACGGACUGCCUUUACGAGCACCAGGAUCUGAGCCCAGUCCUCAAGAGGGUCCGAGUCAGCCAAGCGCUGCAUCGGGGCCGCAGGGUUUCCGCAAGCAUUUCCUACGGGGCAAACUGGACUGUGACAACCAGCCGCCCGACCCAGACCGCCUGUUCCAGCGCUGCUUCAUGGCUACGGUCACCACCGUCAAUGUCGAAGGACCUUCAUAAAGCCCUGGAGCCACAAAUAUGACAUGAACAGCGUUUACAUUAAUCAGGAGUUUUUUCAACGGCUUUAUUCAACCAUAAUGUGACUUAUGUAACAUUUUAAACAACAGAAAGGAUGUGGAAUUGAGAUCUCCACUCUUUUGGCCUCAACAGACUGUUGGUUUUGAAGACUUUUGUAGUAAAAGAAAAACAACUGAAAUCAAUGACGAAUUGCCUGAACAUUACAAACUGAGCAAAAGUUUCAUUCAUCUUCAAACACAGGGUCUUUGAUUAAAUGUUUGUUACAAGAAACAUUAAAUGGUUUACAUUCAUCAAGACUUCAGCUCUGUGAGAGUCUCUAGAUUGAACCAAAGACAGAAUUGAACUCAAUCGAAGAGAUUGUUGUUUCCAAAUCCCGAGAAUUACAAUAUUCAUCUGUCUCUCAAACAAAGUUUACAAAGCGAUUACACCAACACAAGGUGUCGAUGCCUUUAAAACAGCUUUGAGCAUCAUUUGAACCAUCAAGCGAUUUACAUGCUGCAAGAAUCAAGUUUUUAAUUUGCUUUACUGCUUUCGUUUGCCGGUUUUGGGCAUACUACUGUAUAUCACAUUGUGUUAAAAAGCAUUAUUCUUAAACAAGCUACAAGUUGAAGUCCCAAUACCUUUUUUAAAACCAAUAACUCACUUUGUGUAGAGAGAGAACUAUAAAAUAUUAUCUAACCCAAAAGUUACAUGGCAUGAAGGUAUGAGGGGUCGUUCACACAGAACUCGUUUUUCCAUUCCAAUUCGCUACUUUUCCGUUGUUUUUCUGUGCACAUGCUAGACGGACGUGUAUGACUGUUGCGUCUGUUGCACAUGAGCGCCAUGUUUUUAAGACACAGUGUCAAGUUGAAAUAACUACUUUUACAUGCGCCGCUCAUUAAUAUCAGUUGCAAAACAGUGGACCAAUCAGAAGACCCUAGAGGUGGGGCAAGCAUUGCAAGCUUUUGUUUACAGUAG